AUGUUCUUCUUGAACUGCACUGACAUGUUUGUCUUUUCAGAAUGUCAGCGUAAGCAUGCCGUUGUGAGGUACCGGGCCAUCAGUGACCAGAUGUUUGUCUUACCGUGUGGUGUACUUCUUGAAGAUCCUACCUCAAUAUUUAAUCAUUCUUGCCAUUAUGACAGUUGGGUAGAGUGGUUCCGGCAAUCAAGUGAUGGCAAAAUCCAAAAGUUACCCAACCAUAAAACUGUAAAUCCUGCCUAUUGUGGAAAUGUUCUUUGGUUUAAUCCAAUAAGGGUUCAGGAUUCAGGGACAUAUACCUGCAUGAAUAGGGAAAAAACCUUAUGCAUUGAUAUUUUCAUAAAUGUUCAAACGAAGGAGACAGCUAAUUGUUCAAUAAAUUUCAGGAGUGACCUGCGCUUGAUUGUUGAAAAUGGAGGAUCUAUUGCUUGUCCUGGGAAAAGCUGUUACAGUCAUUUUCAGACCUUACCUGUUAAAUGGUACAAAAAUGGGAAACGAGUGAAAUCUCAAAAAACCAGACCGGGCUUGACAUUGGAGCAUGAUAUGAUUUCAUUACAGUCUGCCUAUAACCAAGAUAGUGCUAUUUACACAUGUGAUUAUACGUUGAUGGAUAACAAUACCAGGUGGAAUAUGAGAUCGAUAGUAAAGGUGAACGUCACUUCAAAAGACUCUGACAACCCUCCAGUAGUUCUGGAUCCUGUUGGUGAGAAGAACCUGGAAGUAGACCUUGGGCAAACUCUUGAGCUUAAAUGCCAAGUAAAAUUUGGCUUUCAAAGUAAUGCCUCAUCCUUAUUAUGGUGGUACAGACAAACCAAUCAAAAGAAUGAACUGGUUCAAGAAAAAAGAUUUUUUCCAAAUAAACUAGGCGGUGAAACCUUCAUUGACAAUUUCCGGCUGGAGGAAGUGACUGAGCAGGAUUUAUACACAAUCUUUGUCUGCCUGGCUCAAAACUCUAUUGGGAAAUCUGUGGGGAAAUUCAAACUCAAGAGGAGAAGGAAUACAGUUCUUUACCUGCUCACUUUGUGUUGUGCCAUUACUACUCUGCUUGGACUAUUUGUGGGAAGUAUACUAGCUUACCAGCAUUGGAUUGAAAUAGUGCUGCUGUAUAGGAAUUACCUGGCCAAAGAUGAAACUGUGGGUGAUAACAAGGAAUUUGAUGCAUUUGUGUCCUAUGCAAAACCAGACUUUCUUGAAUCAGAUCAGACAUUGCUGAAUGAGGAACAGUUUGCCGUGGAGGUCCUUCCUCAGAUUCUAGAAAACAGAUAUGGAUAUAAGCUGUGUCUCACUGAACGGGACAUCCUUCCAGGAGGAGCAUACACUGAUGACAUUGUAAAUGCUAUCAGAAGGAGCAGACGGACAGUGGUGAUCUUAAGCCCAAACUAUGUCAAUGGACCAGCCAUGUUUGAACUUGAAGCAGCAGUCAAAACUGCUUUGGAAGACACAACAAUAAAGCUCAUUCUAAUUGAGUUCCAGUUUUGCCAGGAGCCAGAAUCAUUACCUCGCAAAGUGAAGAAAGCUCUCAAGAUCUUGCCCAGGAUUACCUGGAAAAUGUCGACCUCUCCCACUGCCAAUAAGCAUUUCUGGAAAAAACUACGAUUUCACAUGCCGGUGAAACGCAUAAAAACAGCUGAGGAAAGGAGCCGUCAAACUUUCCUCCCAUCAGUUGCUUGAUAACAGGAAACCGCCACCUUAUGAACUGAAGAUCUAUUUAGAAAAAAGAAAGAAAAGAAUUUCCCUAAAUUUAGGACUCACAAGGGGGAAGGACAGUAUUUCUGCACUUCAGAGCACAGGUUCAAUAGAUUCCUGGCUUCUCUGAACAUGUUGGCUGGCAAAGCUGGAAAUAAUCACUCACUAAGACUCACUAAGUUAUUGGCAAUAACAGUUAACAGUAUUGGACUAGAUGGACCAAUGGUCAUAGUAUAUUCCAGCUUCAUAUGUUCAUAUUAGCUUCUUAAGGUCUGGUACUGUUUUGCUUAUCUAUCUAUCU